AACCAGGUAGAAGCUAAUACUCAACAAUACGGAUGCCUUGUUUUUUUUGCUCUGUCCGGACCGCAACGCUGUAGCCAAUUUAGAUAUGCUAUAAAUUUAAGAGGUUGCCAUGGCCACGGCGCGCCCAUUGGCCGCUGGGCCCCCUACGUGCCGCGCCACGUCACCAAAUCUGAAUAAGGAUGCGCGAAUUAGGCGGCGGCCAGACAAAGAUGAGGAUCGGGACCGCUUGAAAGUGGGGGAAAGUGCCGGCGCCUUCGCCACCGGGGAAAGCCGCCCGGCAGUGCCGAGGCCAGCAGCCACCGGAGACACCUGGGGGAGCCCGGAACAGGCGCCGGGGCGCGCGCAACUGGGGCAUGAGGUUGUGAACGCCGCCCCCCACCAACCCACUCUGGGCAGCCCAGAGCCAGGCCAGAGAUCGUCCAAGGACUUGACUGGCUGAGUCUAGGUCCGGACCGGACUCGCCGGGCGGCGGCGGCGACAACAAGCGGAGAACAGCCGCGGGGCCCCGAGGCCCAAGGGCCAGCGGCCCCUAGGGACGGCGAGGCGGCGGGAGCCGCCAGGGCGCGGGGCUAUGAUGGUGCACUGUGCCGGUUGCGAGCGGCCCAUCCUCGACCGCUUUCUGCUGAACGUGCUGGACCGCGCGUGGCACAUCAAAUGUGUUCAGUGCUGCGAGUGCAAAACCAACCUCUCGGAGAAGUGCUUCUCGCGCGAGGGCAAGCUCUACUGCAAAAAUGACUUCUUCAGGCGUUUUGGCACAAAGUGUGCAGGAUGCGCACAGGGCAUCUCCCCCAGCGACCUGGUGCGAAAAGCCCGGAGCAAAGUCUUCCACCUCAACUGCUUCACCUGCAUGGUGUGCAACAAGCAGCUGUCCACGGGUGAAGAGCUCUACGUCAUCGAUGAGAACAAGUUUGUGUGCAAAGAUGACUACCUGAGCUCCUCCAGCCUCAAGGAGGGCAGCCUCAACUCGGUGUCAUCCUGUACRGACCGCAGUUUGUCCCCGGACCUCCAGGACCCCCUGCAGGACGACCCCAAGGAGACGGACAACUCGACCUCSUCGGACAAAGAGACGGCCAACAACGAGAACGAGGAGCAGAACUCGGGCACCAAGCGGCGCGGCCCGCGCACCACCAUCAAAGCCAAACAGCUGGAGACGCUUAAGGCCGCCUUCGCCGCCACGCCCAAGCCCACACGCCACAUCCGCGAGCAGCUGGCUCAGGAGACUGGACUCAACAUGCGUGUCAUCCAGGUGUGGUUUCAGAACCGACGGUCCAAAGAACGCCGGAUGAAACAGCUGAGCGCGCUGGGCGCCCGGAGACACGCCUUCUUCCGGAGUCCACGGCGCAUGCGUCCGCUGGGGGGCCGCUUGGACGAGUCCGAGAUGUUGGGGUCCACCCCGUACACCUACUAUGGAGACUACCAAGGCGACUACUACGCGCCGGGAAGCAACUACGACUUCUUCGCGCACGGCCCGCCGUCGCAGGCGCAGUCCCCGGCCGACUCGAGCUUCCUGGCUGCCUCGGGGCCCGGCUCGACGCCGCUGGGCGCGCUGGAGCCGCCGCUCGCCGGCCCGCACGCCGCCGACAACCCCAGGUUCACCGACAUGAUCUCGCACCCGGACACGCCGAGCCCCGAGCCGGGGCUGCCCGGCGCGCUGCACCCCAUGCCCGGCGAGGUGUUCAGCGGCGGGCCCAGCCCGCCCUUCCCCAUGAGCGGCACCAGCGGCUACAGCGGACCCCUGUCGCAUCCUAACCCCGAGCUCAACGAGGCCGCCGUGUGGUAAGGCCGCGGCCGGGCCGCCCCUGCGCACGGCCCCCGGGGCGCAGCCCGGACGCAGCCUCCGAAACCAAAACGCCCGACGCGGACGCGGCCCGGAUCUCCCUCAGGGGUUCUCUCUCGGGUCCGCACUCAACUGGAAGCUGCUCCUCGGCUGGGCGCCGAGGGGGGCCGACCCCCAUCUGCACCCCGGGGGCUCUCCAGCUUCAGCCAGCCKCCCGCCUGCGCUCUCCGGGCAGCCGUGAGCAAUUUCUUGGGACCAAAGUCAAUAUUCCGGAGGGUCAAGAGAUUCCAAGCACGC